UGUAUUUCAAGAUAUGUCGUGUUUUGGCAUAGGGAUUCGUCUCACACAGGCAGAAAAAGAAAAGCUGUCCGAAAUUGCCAAUACAGCUCUAUAUACCGCUGCUCUUAUCAAUGACUGCCAUAGCUGGCCGAAAGAGCUGAAAUACCACCUUGAGACACAAGGCUCAGAGAUCCCAUUUAAUGCAGUCUGCAUCCUGAUGCGGCAGUAUAAAUGCUCAGACAUCGAAGCUAUAGAGAGACUUCGAGAAAAAUACGUGGAACUUCAGGAGCGACACUUAUUCUUGGUUAGGAAGCUGGAACAGAGGGAGGGAGCCAUCUCCGACGCUCAUCGCAAAUACAUCAUGGCAGCCCAGUAUGCGGCCUCGGGUUCCGAAUUCUGGAGUAUCUUCGCUCCACGCUACCCAACCAAAGAAGACUUGAAACAACCGGAAUAUGUGCUGGUCGACGGCGUCUUCCAAUGGAAACAUGCGUUGGCCAAUGGUCAUCAAGAAGACAAUUCUGCGGUACCUGUCAACGGGGCUGUUGCAACAAAUGGCGUCAAGUCGUCUCAAGUCAAUGGAGCUGUAGCCCCAGGAACACCAUCACCCAAGGUAACCGAUUACAAGGUGAAUGGAGUCAAUGGCUCAAAACAUGAAAAUGGCUGCAUUAGCAGCGGUACUCAACAUCUGCUGCAAAAACCUUCCGACGAUGCUGUCAAAGCUCCCUACAACUACAUCAACACCCUUCCCUCGAAAAAGAUUAGGGAGACCUUCAUCGACGCCCUGGACUCUUGGCUAGAAGUCCCAGCGGCAGCUUCAUCAUCUAUCAAAUCUAUUAUUGGCAUGCUCCACCAUUCAUCUCUCAUGCUUGACGACAUUGAGGACAACUCAAUGCUGCGUAGGGGAAACCCUACUGCUCAUACUUUGUUUGGAGUAGGACAAACGAUAAACUCAGCCAACUACAUUUUUGUGUGUGCUUUCGAGGAACUCCAGAAGCUUCAGAGCCCACACACUAUAGGGGUCUUUAUAGAGGAGUUGAAGAACCUACACUGUGGACAAGCUCUGGACCUGUAUUGGAAAUAUCACACUCACGUGCCCACCAUUGACGAGUACAUGACGAUGAUUGACCAUAAGACGGGCGGUCUCUUUCGAUUGUGUGUUCGGCUGAUGCAAGGCGAAUCUAGCAGGAAGGCCGAGCACAUUGAUGCGCGCCGAUUCGUCACAUUACUUGGGCGCUAUUUCCAAAUCCGCGACGAUUACCAGAACCUCAUGUCAGACGAAUACACUAGUCAAAAAGGCUUUUGCGAGGACCUGGAUGAGGGCAAGAUUUCCUUGCCGCUCAUCCACUGUCUCACCGGCUCUGAUCCCGAACAGAUUAUGAUAAAGGGUAUACUACAGCACAAAGGGGUUGGAGAGAUGCCGAUGGGAUUGAAAAGACUGAUAUUGGGAAAAAUGAGAAAAGGAGGAGCCCUCGACUCCACUUUCUUGCUGCUCCAGGACAUGCAAGAGGACAUACUCAAAGAGCUGAAAUUGCUUGAAGCUGAAUUCGGGUCUGAGAAUCCCAUCCUCGAAUUAGUUCUAAGGAGAUUGUGGGUGUAACGAGUUAUCCAUUUCUAGGAGCUGUUCACUUCCUA